GUACACAUGAAUGCAUAAUCAGCGGCUUUUCCAUAAAAAUCAAAUUCAAGUACACCAAGGUUGUAAUCUACGAGAAGGUGCGCUGCUGAAAGAUCGCAAGUGAAAUGUAUCCCCCAGUCCAUGGCGUCUAACACCACUGCAAGCAGGUGCGACCAAUACGAUUGUUGUGAAUUUGUUUGAAGUACUUUUUUACUUGAUUGUGAUUUUAUGAGUACCUAAGAGAAGCUUCCAAGAUGCAGGACGAUCUGGCAGUCCACGUUAAAGAUUGCUGCAAAAACUAUGGGAGCAAGGAGGUCUUGAGAAAAUUAUGCAUGAAAGUCAACAGGGGCAUCAUAUAUGGAUUAUUGGGAGCAAGUGGUUGUGGAAAAACUACUUUGUUAAGUAGUAUCGUUGGAAGAAAAUCUAUAGAUUCUGGGGAAAUAUGGGUGUUGGGUGGUACCCCUGGAGCAAAAGGUAGUGGUGUUCCUGGACCGCUAGUCGGCUACAUGCCACAGGAUAUCGCACUUGUUGGAGAAUUUACAGUGAAAGAUGCGAUUUUCUAUUUUGGGAGAAUUUUGGAGAUGGAAGAUGAGCUUAUUGAGCAAAGGUUUUAUCACUUGAGUAAACUAUUGGAGCUACCUCCAGAAGAUAGGUAUAUCAAAAACUGCAGUGGUGGGCAGCAAAGAAGGGUUUCUUUUGCUUGUGCGAUGGUUCAUAUGCCCGAACUUUUGAUUCUAGAUGAGCCUACAGUUGGGGUGGACCCAGUAUUAAGAGAUAGGAUAUGGAAUUAUUUAGUAGAAAUAACGCAAAAAGAAAAUAUAGCUGUGAUAAUAACAACACAUUACAUCGAAGAAUGUAGGCAAGCACACAAAAUUGGUUUGAUGAGGGAAGGUAAACUAUUGGCAGAAGAAUCCCCAGCAAGACUAUUGACGUUAUUCCAAACGGAUUCGUUGGAAGAGGUUUUCCUGGUUUUGAGCAGGAGACAGGAGGAGGGCAGACUUGACGAACUAAAUCUAGACAGCGUGGCUGACGAACAAAACAACUCUGUGUUGCCUUACACCGGCUCUACAUCAACGGUGGCCACUUUUGAUAUCAGUCAUGGAUCCACAGAUGCAAUUACAACAAAGAAGCCAGCAAAAAUUGUCAAAACUUUGGGCACCAUAAGCAAAAAUAGAGUUAAGGCUUUGCUGGAUAAGAAUUGGAAGCAAUUUUACAGAAACAUAACUGGACUUUGCUUCAUAGUAGGAUUUCCGCUGAUACAAUGCAUGUGCUUUUUGCUGGCAGUGGGAGGCGACAUAAAGGACAUAAACUUGGCUGUAGUAAACGACGAAACGAUGACGAUUAAAUGCGAAAAUUUCAGCAAAAAUGGAACCGCAGUUCCGUACGAUUUUUCCUCGUGCCAUUUCGACAACCUAAGCUGCCGAUUUUUGACUUAUCUGGAAAAUCCGAUGAUCAACAUGGUCAAAUACGACACAAUCGACGAUGCUAUACAAGGUGUGCAAAAUGGAGAGGCAACAGGCGUAGUCUACAUGGCACAUAAUUUCACAAUGGCUUUGGAAAACAGAACGAAUUUGGGAAAAGAUUCUGAGGAUGACGUGCUAGACUUUAGCGAGAUUAAAGUAUGGAUGGAUAUGUCAAAUCGUCAAAUUGGCCAAACAAUGAAGUACAAAUUAUUGACGUUGUAUUUGGAUUUCCAGAAAGACGUUCUGGAGGAUUGUAAACUGAAUAAAAAACUGGCAGAUAUGCCCUUACAUUUCUUUGACGGAAUCUAUGGAAAAAGUACAGAGACGUUCACCGUUUUCAUGACGCCUGGAACCUUAGUGACUUUAAUUUUCUUUAUGGGCGCCAUUAUAACAUCUCAAAUAAUCAUCACAGAUAGAUGCGAGGGCGUGUGGGAUAGAUCCAUAGUGGCCGGGGUGUCUUCAAUAGAAAUUACCCUUACGCACUUUGCGCUACAAGCCUGUAUAGUUGUUUUGCACACGGUGGAACUGCUGGUUUUAACAUUCAACAUAUUUAGAAUGGACUAUAUUGGCCACAUGUGGGUUAUGGGUAUUAUUUUGUACACCCAGGGACUGUGUGGAAUGAGUUAUGGUUUUUGGAUAUCUGUUAUAAGUUACAAUCAUUCUAUGGCAAAUAUUUUGACAACUGGGACUUUUGUGCCAAUGAUUAUUAUUUGUGGUAUGGUUUGGCCUUUAGAGGGCAUGUCAUAUUACCUAAGAAUUGUGUCAAGAUGCCUUCCAUUCACAAUAGCCAUUGAAUCUGUGAGAAACGUGAUGAAGAAAGGCUGGGAAAUAACAGACUUUAAAGUUUACGAUGGAAUUUUAGUGGGCAUUUUUUGGACCUUACUGUUUGGAGUCCUCAGCGUUUAUUUGAUGAAGAAAAAACGAUAAUUUUAGAGGUAGUUUGUUUUAGGAGUAGAAAUUUAUGUAGAUAGUAUUUAUUUUUUAAAUAAAGCACCAAAAAUUGUACUAGUAUAGUUUUAAUAAAGUUAUUAUACUAC